ACAAGCCGCGGCGUAGGAGGAGCUGCGUAGCCGUCGCAGUCACCGUCGUAGUUGCCGUAGCUGUUCCCUCCGCUCCUUGGGAGUCAUGGCGACUUCUCUGUGGAAAGGGCUGGUGGGGCUGGGCCUCUUCGCGCUGGCCCACGCUGCCUUCUCUGCUGCGCAACACCGUUCCUAUAUGCGCCUGACGGAAAAGGAAGAUGAAGAUCUGCCCAUCGAUAUCGUCCUACAGACGCUGAUAGCCUUUGCAGUUACCUGUUACGGUAUAGUCCAUCUUGCAGGGGAAUUUAAAGACAUGGAUGCUACUUCAGAACUGAAAAAUAAGACACUUGACACGUUAAGGAACCACCCGUCCUUUUAUGUAUUUAAUCAUCGCGGUAGAGUAUUGUUCCGAUCCUCAGAUAUGGUGUAUUCUUCCAACCAAGAUGCUUUGUUGUCGAGAUCUACAGUGAAGUUACGAAAACUUGAACCUCUGCGUCGUUAAGAUUAUUCAUGUUAAAAUAACCCGGAAAACGGAGACAUAAUAUUGGAGUUUGGGGUAUAAACCAGUUUUUAAAAUAUCUACAGCAGACUUUAUACUAUAAAUAUAAUCAAGGACUUUGUUUGUACACUGUUAAUGAAAUGGCUGAAUUGUGACUUGGCAAUGCAGUAUAUAAGUUAUUGCGACAAUUAUGCUGUGAAACGUGACUGACCUUUCAUACUUUAAGCACUGUUUCAGUUGAUUUUUUUUUCAGUUAGAAAAAACUCAUUCUUAAAAGUCAGACACUUGAAAAAUUUCAUCGAAGAACAAUGGAGUGUUUUGUAGCAAUUUAUUUCCUUUGGUUUGCUUACACGACAAUUUUAAGGAUUUUUUUUUUGUGUAUGUGUGGAAAUACUGUGUGGACUACUGAAUUUUGCAUCAGAAGGGUGGAAAAAGCUGUUGGUCUUCAGUUUUUAGGGUUAAAUGUACUGUAACUGCUUAACUGUAAAGGGCCUUUGAGACCAAAAUGGUGGCUCUUCGGGUUUUUUUUCCUGACCGUUCAAAAGUGGUUACACUUAAAGUUCCUUUCAGUUUUAUCAGUGACUUUCUUCUCCCUACUCUCACCUCCAAGCUGCACCUCCAUCAGUCGAAGAUAACUGUCAUGUUAUUCUCUAACCUCUCUGGAACUUUAUUCAAAUAUGCUAUUUUACUGGGCACUUUUGUGGCAGAGAUUAUUUGCCCUAACAGAAAUUUAUCUAACAAGUGCAACUUGCUUGAAGGCCCAGCACGCUACACACUGCUGUUUGCUGAAGGAGGUAGAAAGAAACAGAUCAACGGCACAUAUAGAAGAAUUGGCCUUGUCAAAGAGAAGGGACGCCUCUUCUUCAGAGACUGGAGUAAAGGAUAAAAGAAUGAGGGAUAAGGGAUUUUGAGAUGAGAAGAAAAAUAGCCUGAGGGCCCUGGUUGGGGAAACAAGGGCUUUGGCAUGCCCUGUAGACCCUUGACAGUAGAAUUUUUACUUUUGAUCUGAACACUUCAUUACCUGGCAUACUAUGCGAGAACACGACAGUGGUGCUUAAGAAAAAUGAAGAAUGGCUGGAUCUGAUGAAAUACAUGCAAGAAGAAAUAAAUAUGGGAGAAUAAGCAGCUGAAGCAGAAAAUGGCAGCCCCAACAGCCCACAGAUGGGAGCAGCAGCUUGGCAGAGAAGAAGGCACUGUGCCAUAUGACAGCUGUGCGGAAGGGAUGGAGCAGCUGCUGAUGUAGAAUGGAUGGCAGCAGCAUGGGGGACUCUGGGAGCACACUAAGGAGACUUUGAGAUAUGGAACUGAGAAGCAGAAGCACUGCUAUAUGCUGGGAGACAGAACUAGGAGAUGUGUUCUAGCUAUAGUGCAACUUUCCUCAUCUUGGAGUUCCAUUUGUAUUCCCUUCCCCACCAGAGUGGAAAUCUGAGAUAGUAUACCUUUGUGUGUAUGAAGGGUGGGGCUGAGAUUGAUUCUACUACUUUAUUUUCCCUUAUUUUCUUUGCUUUUCUUUUCCAAUUAAAUGCUUUGCUAUUUAGUUUAAUAUUCCUGUCUGGUCUGUUGGUAGAGAAUAUAUUUGUGGAAUUUUUUUUCUCAAGAUCCUUAUAAGUAUGGAUUUAUAGAUUGUAUUGGAUUGAACUAAAGAUACUGCAGGGAUCCAGUGAAGUUUUUUUCCCCUUGAUUUUUUGAAGACUAAGCUAACUGAUGUGUACAUUUGUGCAUUAGUAGACAUGCAACAAUAAAUUACAUUGCUUAAGUUGUUUA